AUAUGCAAUUACUGUGGUUAAGUCAAUAAAGACGUGUGGAAACACAACAAAUCUAAUGGACCACUUAAAGCACGUUCAUGCUGAUCGGCUUAAAGUUGGGGGAACUGCACAGAAACCAAACAUCUUAGAAAAGUUUGUUGGAAAAUCGGUUUCCUUUUAUGAAAAUGGCUCCGAAACGAAAACGUCUCCUAGACAGUAAGGUAAUGAAUAUGAUUGCUGUCGAUGUUCAACCUUUUUCUUGUGUUGAGGACGACGGAUUUUAAAGAGCUCAUGAAAGAAAUGGACCCCCGCUACAGGUUACCUAGUAGGUCAUACCUGCGCGACGUAGUGCUUCCAUCUCAAUAUGAGUCUCUUAAGAAUAAACUCCAAUCUGUACUUAACGAUAUUGAUUUUGUGGCCAUAACGACUGACUUGUGGACAUCCAAAGCAAAACGAAGGUUACAUUACAGUUACGUGCCAUUUUGUUUUAAAUACUUUUACGUUGGAGUCGGCAAUUUUAGCAACAAGGCAACUUCUUGACACUACCAAUCACAAUGCUAUUAAUAUUUCUGAAACACUAAAGAACGUGCUUGAAGAUUAGGGUGUCGCGAAUAAGGUUGUUUGUGUUGUGACUGACAAUGAUGCGACGAUGCUAAAAGCAUGUGAGUUGCUUGAGUAUAAGCACUUGCCUUGUGUAGCGCACACAAUCAACCUUAUUGUGCAAGAUGUUCUAAAAUUGCCCGAUUUCGACGUAAUUCUUACAAAAUGUAAGUCGGUAGUUGGCUUUUUUAAGAGAAGCCAGAUCGCAUAUUCGAAAUUUAAGGAAGCUCAGGGGGACAAUCCGCAUUCUCUUCUGCAAGAAAUGCCAACUCGCUGGAACAGUGCAUACGAAAUGAUUAAGCGCAUACUGAAGACAAACGAAUUUAUCACAUUAGCUUUGGUAUCUUCUCGUGGCGCUCCAUUGCCGUUUUCAGCAGCAGAAGUGGAUAUUUUAAAUGAUAUUUCCGAGUUGCUGUCCCCCUUCGAAGAGGCGACGCUUUCUGUGUCUACAAACACAAAAGUAUCGGCGUCCAUAAUUAUCCCUGUCAUAUGCGAACUGAAUCAUAAAAUAAACAAUAUUAAAGUCAACACAGAAAAAGGCAAAAACAUAUUGACGACCAUCAAGUUUAGUCUUACCAAGAGGCUCGCAAGCUAUGAAACACGCACAAUACCACGAAUUGCUACCAUACUAGAUCCCCGCUUUAAGAAACACGGAUUUUGUAAUCCCUUUAAUGCGGAAGAAGGUGUCAAAGCUGUGCAGCAUGAACUGUUUACACAACUACCUGCAAACCCACUACAUCCGCCAACAUUACCAACACAGGAACCAAGCCGAUUUUCAUUUCUACAAGUCAAAAGCCAAAACAAGGUGCACUCUUCCUGGUCAGAUGCCAUUAUCCUGAUGAGACAGCAUUUUGAAAAGGAGAACCAGCCGGAAAAAUGUGAUCCUCUUGAGUACUGGCAGAUUUCUACAGAUGGCGACGCGUUUAAAACGUUAGCUAAAAAAUACUUCUGCGUUCCCGCAUCUUCGUGCGAAUCUGAAAGAGUUUUCAGUAAAGCUGGACAACUUAUAAGUGAGCGUCGCACGCGGCUAUCAUCGACCGUUGUCGAUAAGCUCCUAUUUUUAAAUAAAAACAAAAAAUGUAAAUAGUAUGUAAAUAUAUGUAUAUAGUAGAGUUAACGAUAGUAAGUAAGGAUAGUAAAGUAGGGAUAGUA